AAUGUGUGUAUUAAUUUAAAUAUAAUUAAUAAAUUUGUUUCUAGCAAAUGUUCGUGUAAGUUUCACACGUGUUGUUACGAAUCGAGAUCGACCUCGACUACGCGAACUUUCGAGAGCUCGAAUCGAAUUCAACGAAAGGAAUCGGAGCAUUCGGAGCACGGCUGUCUCGAAUGUCAUCUCGAUUCGGACUCGGACUCGGACUUGAGACUUGACCGACUCGACGAAUACCCGCAAAUUUCUCACAAUUUCGUAAGAGCUAUAUUUAGAAAAUUUUAACUUUUCUGAUGUGAGAUGUGCACGCGUGCGCGUGCGUGUCGUAUAUGUUAUAUCGCAUGACUGUUGGCGGAGCAGCCCCACGCGCAACGUUGCGAAGAAAAAACGCGCUGAACAUCUUGAGAUUUUGAGACUUGAGACGGAAGACGCAACGCGAUUUAUAUGUGAUAAGAGCGGCCGGCGCGAUGCGCAAAGCGCAAGCUGCGCGAGGUGCGAGAAAGAGAGAGGGAUAGAGAGAGUGUGAGAGCGAGAGCAGCGCAGUGCGCACGGAAAAAUUGGGUCGAUGCGCGGAAGAUGGCGGCUGUUGCGUGGUGCGCGUAAGAAGGCUCUCGUACUUUGGUUUUGCCAAAAAACAUGAAAGAACCACGGUGAGGUGCGUUAACACGUGCGAAACGCGAUUCGUCGUCGCAGACUGCAGACAGCCCGACACGGCGGACACCCGGCGUAAAAACGGCGGACUCGCGCCAACUCGGAACUCUCGCGACAGUCUUGAUCUUGACUCGAUCGCGGUGGUGUUGACGACGUUGUUUACGAGUUUACGAUAAGCGCGGCAGAAGCGGAAGAAGCUGGAAGGCUGGAACUCGUUGCUUUCGGCUUUCGGUUCAUUGGGCUGUCCGCAGCUGUCCGGGCUGUCGUCGGUCGUCGGCACUCACAGCGAGUCGGCGACGGCGAGCAGAGCAGGUAUCACACGGAUCACAGAAUUCGCACUCGCGAUCUGCAACGAGGCCAACGCGAGUGCGACGUGACUCGUGCUCGUGAGUCGGGCUCGAGCAGUCAGUCGAGCGGCGAAUAGCGGGAUAGAAGAUAGUGGGAUAGCGGGGAGGAGAAAAAGAAAGGAGCCUGGAGCACGCACGUAUACACACAGUAUACACAGGACAGAUUCGACACUGGAGAUUAAGUGCUGCCGGACUUCGGCCCGGUGAGAAGAACAGUAGAGAUGCUGAAGCAAUUGCAGAUGGGGAUGAGAGCUUUCCUCUUAAUGGCCUCCCGUGUGUGGACCUGCAUCUGCUUUCUACUCAAGAAGCAGGUUAGAGCCAUCUCACAGAUGCAACCAGUCAAAUAUGAGAUCUUCCCACUUUCACCUUUAUCUAGACACAGACUUAGUAUAGUUAAGAGAAAAGUAUUAGUACUGGAUUUAGAUGAAACGUUAAUUCAUUCUCAUCACGACGGAGUAGCAAGGCCAACUGUUAGGCCUGGUACACCUCCAGAUUUUGUUCUUAAAGUGACGAUAGACAGACAUCCUGUUAGAUUUUUCGUCCAUAAAAGACCACACGUAGACUUCUUCUUGGAUAUUGUUAGUCAGUGGUACGAGCUAGUAGUCUUUACUGCAUCCAUGGAAAUAUAUGGGGCAGCAGUUGCGGAUAAAUUAGAUAACAACAGAGGUAUUUUAAGGCGCAGAUAUUAUAGACAACAUUGUACGCCAGAAAUGGGUUCCUAUACUAAGGAUUUAUCAGCAAUUUGUUCAGAUCUCUCUUCAGUCUUUAUUCUUGACAACAGCCCAGGAGCUUACAGAGCCUAUCCACACAACGCGAUACCCAUAAAGUCAUGGUUCAGCGAUGCGGGAGACACUGCUUUAUUAAGCUUACUUCCAGUCUUGGACGCUCUUCGUUUCACGCAGGAUGUACGAUCCGUUCUUUCAAGGAAUUUACACUUACAUCAUACUUGGUAGCAUAGCCGAGAUUGAAUGAUACACUAGAUAUUCUAGAGUUGAAACUAUCAGCAGUUUCAGUUAGCGUGUCUAGCCUAGAAUUAUUAUUGUUAUUAAUUAAUAGCAACAUUAGGUCGCUGCCCGUAUAGUGUGUGUGUGUGUGUGUGUGUGUGUGUGUGCGCGCGCGUGAGAGUGAGAGAGAGAGAGAGAGAGAGACCAACCACCCCCUUCUUGUCCUUGUUUUUCUAUACUCGAACAGCGGCGAAUAGAUAUCGAAGGGAAUGGUAUUCAGCCAAUAAUUACAUCAGCACAAAACAUCCUAGGAUAAUUCUUUACAUUGUACAGUGUGUAGUCCAUGUGUGUUAUAAAACUAUAAAGUGAAUUUCUUCUUUUUUCUGUUACAUAAGCCUUUGCCAAAGAUCAUGAAAAUAAAAUAGAACCGCACUAA